UUACAACAGGGUCAGAAUCAGUCUGGAAGUGGAGGACCUGGAGGAGACAAAAAGGGAGACAAGGUAAUAAUAAGUGUUGUUAUAAAGAUAGAAUUUUGUUUCCCCAACAGCAAAUGCAUUUGUUGGUUACUUUGAGGUUUUUCUCAUCGCCUCCUUUCUUUCUCCUUGCUCUUUCCUUUUCUCCUUUCCUUUUUCUUUGCUAUUUUUAACCAAUGGUGUCUGAACAGACGACACUGAAAAAUAUAUGCAUUGCACUGUUUCUGACAACUGAUGACCACUCAUAAUUUGAACACAUAGAAACUGAUCUUCAUGGGCUAUUUAACAAAUUACUUAUGAAGAGACCAUUCAGUAAGUGUGUGUUAAAUAUGUAUAGUCUCAGUUACUAUGAAGUGAACUCUGUCUUGCAAUUACCUGUACGUAGGACAGAAGCUACCCUAAAUGAAACAGCUAGAGUUGAUCCUUGCAGUUCUUCAAUAAGUUUCUCUAGCAAAAACAUGAUUGAUUUAAUGCCACACUGAGUCUGUCUCUAUGAAUUUUUUUUGACUCAGAGAUCUUAAUAUUCUAUGUAAUCAGUGAUGAUAAACCUGCGCUGACAACAAUAUGAAAAAAGAUAUAUUUUUGAUUUUAAAUUCUGUUAUUGGUCAGGACAAGAAAAAAAAGUAUGAGCCCCCAAUCCCAACCAGAGUAGGAAAGAAGCAGAAAAAAGCUAAAGGUCCUGAUGCUGCUAACAAGUUACCUCAAGGUGAGGAAAGAAGAACUGUUUACUUUAAUUUGCCUUAACUCCUAACCCAUUUCUCCUAGUUCAAUAUUGUUAUGGAGACUGUGUUUUGUAGAUCUUCCUUUUGAGUCUAAAAUUAAAUGAAAUCCUAUUCAAACCCAAUCAAUAGAGGCACUGAAGGGAUCAUAGAAAGUGUCCGUAUUAACAGGGUGUCCUUAUUAAGCAUGUCAUAUUAUUUAAGUGAAAAAAAAACUCCGUUUAUUAGAACAAAAUACUAAAGAAAUAAAAGAGGGCACUAGUAUUGUCAAAUUGAACAUUUCUAGUCUUCACGAAGCCGUCAUUCCGUGGCUUAAAUGCAUGGAAACACUCAAAAAUCACUCAUUUAGCUGCAUAACUUGUUUGAUACCAAAAAUUGACAUCCACAAAUGUUCAGUUGAUAAUGAAGUGUCUGCAUUAGCAAGGUUGUCUUUCUAUGAGAAUCUGUUGAUUGGGCAUGAAAUAAGUGUCCGUUGUCCACAUUAAUGGGUGUCUGCAUAGUGUGUUGAAUCAUUUUGAGAAAACUAUCCAAUAAGACAAACUAGUGGCCAUCUUGGAGAGGAUACUGUUGUAAAGAGAUUACCAGUAAAAAAGGUUUAAAUUUAUUAACCAGUCUUUGGUAUCUGUUUAGUAACACCACACAGGAAUUGUAGAUUAAAGCUGCUAAAGUUGGAAAGAAUAAAAGAUUAUCUUUUGCUGGAAGAAGAAUUUAUCCAAAAUCAAGAAAGACUCAAACCCCAGGAGGAGAAAAAUGAGGUAUGAGUUAAGCAUUUUGCUUAGACAGCUGUAGCAAGUGUUUUUCAUCAAUCAUGGUAAAAACGUGUAGGAAAGCUAAAGAGAUGCUAUAUGGUAGCUUAAAGUUUUAAGCUUCUAAGAGACAGUGGCUGUAUGUUAUUGUAUCUGAAGGGUUUUGGAGCAAGUUUGUGUAUGUAUGUGUGAACUCAUUCCCACAGUCUAAAAGCUGGAUUGCAUGUAAGUUAGGGUGUAUGCUGCAAAAAAUCUUAAUGUAAGUUUGCUGUAUGCAUUUGAUUGCAGGAGGAGAGGUCAAAGGUUGAUGAUUUGAGAGGCACCCCAAUGUCAGUGGGAACUUUAGAGGAGAUAAUUGAUGAUAAUCAUGCCAUUGUGUCUACCUCUGUUGGCUCGGAACAUUAUGUCAGCAUCUUAUCAUUUGUUGACAAAGAUAUGCUUGAGCCUGGCUGCACUGUACUGCUUAAUCACAAGGUUUGUUGACAAGCAAUCAGUUUUUGUUUUCUUUUAGAUGGAAAUAACCUUUGACUGCAUUUUGAGAUUGUUAUAAGAGCACAACCACACCAUAAAUGUAGCUACUGCUGCUGCAGCCAGAUCUAAUUUGCUAAGAUUGACACUGUUGUGUGUUACUGGCACUGCCUUUCUUACAAGAGGUGUCCACUCUAUGGACAGUCAUGGUUACCUUAACACGGGUAAUACUGAGACAAUAAACUACUUUAGAAGAUAAUUAGGACUGACAUGUUGGCGACAAUAAUAACAAUAACAACAUUCAACACACUUUUAUUUGGUCAUGUUCAAGUUUAGCUAUGGCAAGUCAAACACCACUUUCCCAAAUUCUAUUUUGUCUGUUUUGUAUCAGUUUUGGUGCAUAAAGUCACAAGGAGAGUAAUAAUACAGAAGAAUGGCUUGGACUUAUUCUCCCUUUAGUCCAGAGAUGGAGGUAUCUUUAAAGCUAACUCUAUGCUAAAAAUUAAUAAAGUUGUUCUGUGUUGUCAGGUGCAUGCAGUAGUUGGUGUCCUGUCUGAUGACACAGAUCCCAUGGUGACUGUUAUGAAACUUGAAAAGGCUCCUCAGGAAUCAUAUGCUGACAUUGGGGGACUGGACCAACAGAUACAAGAAAUCAAGGUAUACCUUAAUUGCCACAGAGCAGCCUUGCGAACACAGCGGUAGCCUAAUAAAGCCAUGUGUGAAAGUUCUGAGGCACAAUGAAUCUCGAAUAGAUGUAACAUGUAGUAAUGUAAGGUUACAUUUAUGACGUAAUGCAGAACAGAUAAUGCAUUGUUUUCAAGCGAACUUGUGAUGCAGAACAGAGAAUCCCGUGCUCAUCCAAUAUCCUAACCGUCCUCAACCAAUUGUCGGGUGGACUCAUUUGCAUCAUACGCAUAUAGGUAAAAGCUUUUCUGGUUGGCACUUAGUUAUAUGACUGUUUCUUAAAAAUCAUGUAUUUCCACAGUAGGGGAGAUAAUUAACCAGUUGAUGUAAUUUUACAUUUACAAAAGUGGAAAACUGACCCAAGUGCUGACUUAAGUGUCCACCUUGGCUCUAAAUACAAACUGCUCCGAAUUGCGCUGGUUGUCAUCAUCAAAAAUAUUAGCUCUGUUGAACUGAAACAAAAGAAGGAGUACAUCCUUGAGUACAUGCAAAUUAGGCUUUGGGUUUAAUUAUAAUCCCAUUACUCUGUUGCUUCUUAGGAAUCUGUUGAACUUCCUCUAACACACCCAGAAUUGUACGAAGAGAUGGGAAUAAAGCCUCCCAAAGGAGUGAUUCUGUACGGUCCACCCGGUACAGGUGAGUGACCCAGUCACACCUCCAUUCUAACUGCAUAAUUUUAAUGUUAGUGAGAUGAGUAAGAAUCAUUUAAAUGACAUGGUGAAGCAAAUAUGUGAUCAGCAAAACAAGGAAUCAAGUGCGUAACUUGCAUCAAGUCAAUUGAGACUAAAAGGUGAAACACUUGGUAGGUGAUGGACGGAGGAAAAGAAACCCGCAUUGAACUCCACAGUAAUACAUGUAUAAAAACAACAGUAUGCAAAUAUAUUGUGGACUGAUUAACCAAAAACUGCAAUUAAUGGCUUGAAGAAAAAAAUUAACUUGCGAACAAAAGUACGAUACAAAAAUUCUCAGUGACUAAACCUGUGUAGAUGCUUUUUAAUGGAUAUUCUGUGACUUUUCUUUUUGUAGGAAAAACAUUGUUAGCGAAAGCAGUCGCAAACCAAACAGCUGCAACAUUUCUUCGCGUUGUUGGAUCAGAAUUGAUACAAAAAUAUUUGGUAAGAAAAGUAAUAAAUUAUUUUGUUUAUGUCCCCUGAAUGUAUUCAUGACUUUGUGCAGCUUAUGUUCUGUUCCAGGCAACGAGGUUACACUAUGUCAGCUGAUGAAGAGAGACAUUUCAAAGCAAUGAUUCUUCAUUAAAAAAACUAUCCUGGCCAAGCCUCAUCCCACAGAUUUGAAGCCCCAAAUAAAUCACUCACUAUGUCUGACAUAGGCUAUGUGAAUUGCCUUGAAUGUACUCGCAGUAGUAAGGUCUUGUCUGCAGAAGAUCUUCACUAUGAACAGUAGAUCUAAUGUGUGUCAAUGUUUUCAUGUGUUUAGGGAGAUGGUCCAAAGUUGGUCAGGGAAAUGUUUAGAGUAGCAGAAGAGCAUGCGCCAUCGAUAGUUUUCAUUGACGAAAUUGAUGCCGUUGGAACAAAAAGGUAACAUGAAAAGCGAAGAAUAAUCUUAAGUUGUUUUGUUUUGCUACGGGAUGUUUUUUCUUCAAAUCCUGUUAAAAGAAAAUCCAGAGUUCUUAUAGCAUCUUAACUUAAAUGCUUUAUGGCUAACCUUGAUUAACCAAUUUGUUUUUCAGGUAUGAGUCCAAUUCAGGAGGUGAGAGGGAAAUUCAGCGCACCAUGUUGGAACUUCUUAACCAGUUAGAUGGGUUUGACUCCAAGGGUGAUGUCAAGGUACUUGUUAUCUUGCAGUGGCAUUAACACAACUUGUCGCACUGCACAACUAAGUCUUAAGAUGCCAGAUGAGAGAAUUAAAAUGAAGCCACAAAGAUCUUGAAAACCUAACUUUAUUGGCUUUAGUAAUAACUAGUUUUUGGGGUGAGGGUUUGAUUUGAAUAUUAAUAUUUCUGUAUUAUUUUCUAAGUCAAUCCUGUGAAUUGUUCUGGAAAGCUUAUAUCUCCACGAAGGAACAACCUUAGAUAGGACUUUCCUCAACUUAACAUAAUUGUAAUUUUUUGGCCGUGUGCUUAAUGGCCUGUAGUUUGACCACAUUGUAAAUGUUUGUAUUGCUUCAAAAGCACAAUGUGAAACAGGGUGGUGUCGUGUGAUUUAGAUAGGCAUCAUUCAACUGAAUGCAGUGCUGUGAUAAUUUGCUUUGAGUGUUGUAACUAACGUGCCAUGUCCCUUGUAGGUUAUCAUGGCUACAAACAGAAUUGAGACUCUAGACCCCGCACUCAUUCGGCCAGGUACAGUGUCUUUACCUUUAAAAAUAAUUUGUGUAUAUUUUAAUUCAAAUAAUGUUUUUGGCACAGCUUAGAAUAGUAUCUGAUGAAGAGAAAAUAUUAACAAUUUGAAUCUGUGUGAUGCAUUUGUUAUUCCAGAAUAUGCAUGGAACCCCAACUGCCAUUCUCUAGCAGAGCCCUGCUAGAGGUCCCUGUCAACUUACUGUUUCAAUUUUUUUCAAACACAAAAUUGCAGUUUUCCCCAAGGGUCCAAAAAUAAAAUUAAAAUAAAAGGUUGUGAUAGUAGAGCAAUAAAUUGAAACAUCCAAGUAAACAAGUCAUUCAGAGAAUUCCCAAUAAAAGGGGUGUUACAUACUGGGGUGUUAGUUACAAAGGAGAUUGUAACACUGGUAUUUGAUCAUAGUUUACUUUUGCUUUUUACUAUCCUUAAGGGCGCAUUGACCGGAAGAUUGAAUUCCCACUUCCCGAUGAAAAAACAAAGCGACGCAUAUUCACAAUUCACACCGGCCGGAUGACACUGUCUGAAGAUGUCAAUCUUGAAGAGUACGUCAUGGCCAAAGAUGACCUAUCAGGUGCAGACAUAAAGGUAGGCCAACCAAAUCAUAAAAACCAGACCUUGGUUUAACAACGCCCAAGUCACUGGUGAGAUUUGUGGCCACCAUGACCCCCCAUUAACCCCAUGUGCCAUUUGGAUGCUCUGUUUUUUAUUAUAUGCCUGGCCAGGAGCUCAUUUCCCUACUUAUGGGCUCCUAGCUUGGCUUUGCUAUCUGGGGGUCCAAACCUUUUGCCUCCCAUACUUUUCAUUCCUGGCUCCUGCCUCUUUUUUUCUUGGUCCCCUACUUUGAUUGUGAAAUAUUAAACAGUGUUGAAUAAUUUCUCCCUAUUUCUCCCACUUUCCGCCCUUUUAGAACUCUGACCUUCCCCCCUUUCCACCACAUCGUCUUUACUCUCUAGUUUCCCCUUCUAUUAGGCUGUGUACAGACCUCCCCCUCCCCUCGGGAAAAAUCGAAAAAAUACGAUUAUUCCUCUGGGGAGGGGGGUUCUGUACAUGGGCUACCCUUCUACCACCUCUCAAUGUCCUUUGCUUAAUGUGAUGUUCCUCUGAAUGUUUGGGUAAAAAAAUGAAAAAGAACCUAGAAAUUAAUCAGGUUAGAGCUUGAAAACGAAAUUGGAUUUUUUUCUUUCUCGUUGUUAUUAAGGAUUAGCUAACAUUGUUUUACUUGUCAUUCUCUUAAAUAGACAUGGUGUAAGUAAACAUGAAUUUUUUUUUGCAAUUUUAGGCUAUCUGUACUGAGGCAGGUCUGAUGGCGCUGCGUGAAAGAAGAAUGAAAGUCACCAAUGAAGAUUUCCGAAAGUCUAAGGAAAACGUUUUGUACAGAAAAAAUGAAGGCACGCCUGAAGGACUUUACCUCUGA